AUGAUCCGCCUCUGGAACGCCGGAACCGGCCUGCAGCGCGGCUCCGCCAAAGAUAACGGCCAUUCCAGCUGGGUGCGCGCUGUUCGCUUCUCGCCGAUGGGCCGACUACUCGCCACCGCCUCGGAUGAUAUGUCUGUUCGCAUCAGCGACGCCAAUACCGGCUUCACCUAUCGCAUGCUCAAGGGUCACACGGGGAAAGUACGCGCGGUCGAGUUCGCCCCUGAUGGUCGAACUGUUGCCUCUGCUUCGGAUGAUUCUACUCUUCGGUUAUGGAAUCCCAGUUCGGGCGCCCUGCUGAAAACAUUCUCGGGCCAUCUGGGUUGGGUGCGUGCUGUAGCUUAUUCGCCCGAUGGAAAGACUCUCGCUUCGGUGUCAGACGAUAACUCAGUCCGGCUUUGGGAUGCGGCUUCUGGGAACCAACUCCACCAGAUGAAUGGGCAUUCAGCGUCUAGUCGGGCGGUGUGCUUUUCUCCCGAUGGUCGGCUGGUUGCCUCUGGGUCGCUGGAUAAGACGGUGCAUAUUUGGGAUACGGCUUCUGGGGCUCUGCUUCAUGUUCUUGGUCAUUCGGGUCCUUUGCGCUUAAUGGCUUUCUCAGGGGACGGGAGAUGGAUGGCUUCUGCGGCGGAUGACUUGACGAUUCGGGUGUGGGAUGCGUCGUUUGCAUGUGUGCGUGUUGUCACUGGCUAUUCGGGCUGGGUUCGGGCAAUUAAACUCUCUGAUGGACACAUGGUCGUUUAUACGUCGGAUGACAUGACUAUCAAGAUUUGGUCGUGA